UCAUUGUUAUUCCCAUUACAAAGAUGGCGCUGCAGUGAAUAAAGUCCUGAAUGCUCUCUGCUGGUCAGAUUUGUCUCUGUCAUCUUUACUUUCGUUUUCUCAAUAAUGCGAGGAACAUUUCACUGACUCGAUCUGCUGUUUUUUCACUUGAUCGCCCAAACGUUAACUUCUCUGAUCAAGAAUGGCGUUCAAUUUUGGACUUCCAGUUCCAGAUGCAUCUUCAACGAUUAUAGAAAGCAAACCUAAAACAGUGACAGUACCUCAGUUCUCUCUCGGAGUUACACCCUUGUUGGCAAAGCAGUGGAGAAAUGUAGAAUGGAGUAAAGAAGAGAGGGAGACACUGAUGGAGUCUGUUAGGUCAUUUAAACCAGCCAGUGAGAUGGUCACUGAAGCCAGAGUUCUGCUGAUCGGUCCAGUCGGUGCUGGAAAGUCCAGCUUCAUCAGUUCUGUUCAGUCUGUCUUCUCUGGUCGGGUCAUCAACAGAGCCAUGGUGGGCUCGUCCUCCUCUAGCAGUUUCACUAAAAAGCUUUGCUCGUUCACCAUCAGAGGAGCUGGAGAGAAGGCAGAUGAGCCUACUUCUUUAGUAUUGUGUGAUGUGAUGGGUGUGGGUGAAAGUGAAACCACUGGACUCACUCUUCAUGAUGCUCUGUCUGUCAUUACCGGACAUGCCCCAGAGGGACAUCAGUUUAGCCCUGAGCAGCCUAUUGGAUCUGAUACUGUGGGCUAUGUGAAGAAACCAAGCACCAGAGACAAAGUGCAUUGUGUAGUAUUUGUAGUCGAUGGCUCAAAAGUCAAUUCCUACGCCAAAAGCUUUGGCACAACCUUCCAACAGUUAAGAGAUCACAUCAGCAAAUUAGGUUAUUGUAACAAGGAAGGACACCGGGAGCUGGAUUCUUCAAACACAGGUGUACACCAAGUGGCAUUACUGACUCAUGUGGACCAAGUUUGUAGAGCUACAGGAAGUGACAUCACCCAGGUGUACCAGAGCCAAAUCAUUCAGCAGGCGAUGGUGAAGGCCGCAGCUCUGCUGGGAAUGGCCACAUCCUAUAUUGUCCCAGUGAAAAACUAUUGCUCAGAGCUGGACCUGGAUGAAAACACUGAUGUUCUACUGCUCAAAGCCGUUGACCACAUCUUACAAUACGUAAAUCUGUACUUCCAGGACAACAGAGAGUAAAACAUGGCAGUUACAGAAGUGCCCAAUAUGAGUUCAUCUGUUGUACUUCAGGCCAUUUAUAAUUGAGUUUCAUUACAUUUUAAUUAGUGCUGUCAGUCGAUUAAUAUGUUUAAUCGCAAUUAAUCGCAUAAUAUUUCAUAGAAAAUUUCAAUUUUCCUGUCAGAAUGCAUUUAUUUCUUUUUUAGGGAGGAAAACUAGACAGUAUUUAACAAUAAUGCUUAAUUAGCAUCUUCUAAACAAAGCCUUCCACAGAUGCACUAAGAUAGCACCAACUGAAGUAUCAUUAACCGUUCCCCAAAGUCUAAAUGGGAGGUUGACUAAUUGAAAGAUCUAGUCCCCAUAGGUUGCUUAUUCAUUGCAAUGCACAUUGAAUCUCUCUUUAGCUAUUCGCUUCGGAAAUGGAAUUCACAUGAUUCGUUUUAGGGCAUCAAGCACCGCUUUGAACUCCACGUGAAAAUCGCUCCCUCAGUGGUCUCUUAUCAGUGUCAUGUAUCGUGUAUUUGGCUUUUGGGUGAUAGUUAUGAUUUGAAGUGCUUCUGUGGUAAUUAAAUUCUGCCUUACAAAGGCUACAAAGUACUUUUGUCACUAGGUCCUAUCUGGAUUAUGUUUUUGUGUUUUUUUGUAAGAGUUCCUGUCCCCAUCACUUGAUCACUAACACAGAAUCACUGUUGUGUGUGUUUGUGGUGUGUGCGUUAGUGUAAUAACUCUGGGCGGACACAUCACAAAGGUUCUGCAUGAUUCCAACCAGUCUCACACAGAGCUGAAUCAAAUUUCAAAAUCUAAUGUGAAAAUUGGUGUCGAUCGCAUUAAAGAAAAAUGAACGUGUAAAACAUUUUAAAUUGAUCACAGUUCAUUUUGACAGCUCUAAUUUAAAUUAAUGAAUUAUGCGGGCAUGGCAGGAAAUGAUAUAAAUGUCUGUCUGCUUUAGUGGCAUAACACACUGACUUAACAGACAUAACAUAGUGGCAUAACAAAUCCAUUGAACAUCUGUUAUUGUGUACUAAAACUGAUACAUAUGUUUUCUGGCUGCUAAUGCAGUUAUUCUAGAACACAAGGACCAAAUUGAAAUGUUGAUGCCGAUUAUUGUGAUUUUCUAUUCUAAAAUGUUGGUUUUAAUUAGAAUUUUGAUUAUUUUUGUCUCCAUCCAUGCUGUUUUCAGAGUUAUCUGUGAGCUUUGGCUAACAAAGUUUGGUUACAAGGUUAUUUGUUUAGGGUGUUAAUUUGGUCAAGUUUAGCAUUUUGUUUUUUUGUUUUUUGGCAUUGUUAAAUAUGUCUGACAGUGCAUGUCUUGUUCAUUGAAGGUUGCAGUCAUGGUAUAAAAAAAAGCUCAUGGUAAAAAAAAUUUAAAAGUCAACGUGAAACAGUAUCCACAACCCAAUGUCUUUCCAUGUUACACAUUUGCGAGUGAAAUUGAAUAAUCGUGAGACCAUAACAAAUAUUAUUACAGCAUUUCUUUUGUUCCGGCAGCAAAAAACAAAAUGUACUAUGAAGUGUCCUUGACUUUCCGAAAGAGGAAAAACUAAAUCUAGUGGUGGAUUACGGCAGUCAGAAGAAAGUCAAGUCAAGUCAUUUUUAUUUGUAUAGCGCUUUUCACAACACAUAUCGUUUCAAAGCAGCUUUACAGAAAAUCAUGCAUUAACAGAAAAUGAAAACUGUAAUAUCAAUAAAGUCUUAGUCAUCA